AUGGCGACAAAACACAAACUAACCUUAUCUGAAAAAAUGCAAUUAAUUCGUGAAAAUGAAAAUAACACUCUUAUCGCAGAAUACAUCGAAAAUUACGAACAUAAUGAAAACUCAACAAAGAAACGCAACUUUCGAGAUGAAUUAAAUCAACAACUCGAUCAAAAAUUUUACGAAUGGUUCGUCAUUCAGCGUAGUAAGAACAUUCCUAUAUCAGGCCCACUCAUACAAGCACAAGCCCGAGAAAUUCGUCAACAACUGGGUGGUGCAAAUCUUGAUGAAUUGAAGGCCAGUAAUGGAUGGCUUGAAAAAUUCAGAGUACGUCACAACAUACAAUAUCGAGCCAUAUGUGGAGAAUCGACAGCAGUGGACAUUGCAAAUUUUUCUUUGUUACAAGAUAAAUAA